AUGGCUCGGCUCUCAAUCCCAACCAAGGCCCGGCUGCCAUCAUCUCUCCGUGUCGAGUCGUCCAACCCGGCCGUCGUCAAGGCUCUCAAUCGCUUGUCACGCGAGUCACUCAUCUCACUGGUCCUCGACUGGCUUGACGAAAACUCUCUUGCCAACGCAGUCCCGUAUCUCAAGCGAAGACGCGGUACAAUCGAGGACGACGGAGAGGAUCCCGACGACCUGUAUCCGCCAUUGCGCUCCGUCAACGAGCUGCGGGAGCUCUAUUCAGACAUGCAGCAACAGAAGGGCUCGAAGCGAGAUGUUGCCAGCCGCAUCCUGGAGGGCGAUUGGCGGCAUGGCCUCACUCUUUUCCAACUCGCCAUGGUGGACUUUUCGUACUUUGACGAGCAUCCCACCUCUCAGAAGUGGACUGCGUAUAGCAUCCUACCCCUCAAGCCGCCAUCCACGGAGGGCGAAGAGGAGCUACGCAAGAUCAACCACGAGAGCUUGACGAUACCGCGGUUCCAUCCAUCAACGUUUCUCCAGAAUCUUCAACACCAAGUUCUGCCGGACGUCAAGGCACACUACCACUUCUAUCGCCCCAAGGAUCUUCCCUUGUUGCUACUCCGCAUCUUCGUCAUCGACUCUCCAUACAACACCGGCUUGGCCAUGGCGAAUGGGGAUUCCUCCAACGCCACGGCCAAUUUUAGCGCAUCUCGAACAGUCUACUUGGCGUUCCCAGAUGGCUCUCCCGCGCUCUAUAUAUCCAGACCGCAAUCCACGGGCCUGGGAGGCGCCGGUGACUCCAAGAGCUUGCACACUCUCAUAGUCAAUGGAGUUCCCAAGGCAUUAUCCCGACCCCGACAGCGGUACACACUCAAGGGGUCGAGCUUGACCAGCAGGAACCUGUCUGCCCUGCUCGACAAGCGCGGGCCCGGACGAAGCAACGCGUGUGGUGGCGGUUGGAGCAUCUACUCGGACGAGAAAGCCAAGGAGUCUCCAUUGGAGACUGUGUUGCCGACACCUCCGUUGUCAAAGGACUCCCCGCGUCUCGGGGCGGUUCAGAAGAGGGGGGCGACGUCAUCCAAGCAACAGCGUGAAGCCAAGAGAGCGAGAAUGGUCGCAAAGGCCCGCUUUGGAAAUAGCGGUCUAGUCACAGACGGCACGGGGGUGGAGAGGGCCGAAUUCUUGAUGCGAGAUCCGUUCCCUGCGUCUCGCGGCGCAGUCCGAGGCCAGGAGGCAGGUGACGAAGAGGAGACUGCCGACGAGCAACCGCUCGACCGAAGGCGGAGCAAAGUAGACGCUGUUCUUCGGCAAGCCCGCGCCGAUGUCGAUGCCAUCGAUGACGAGGAGGAUACCUCCCGGUGGACACCAGCCGUCAAGGUUACCUUUGUAGGGUCGCAUGUUUUUGCUGGCAUCCGGCAGUUGGUUGAAGCGGGCAUUGUUGAUGGCGAGCGUAUGCCCGGCUGGAUGACCGGAGAAGCAGGUGUCACGACAGGAGUCAUCAGGCACGGACGGAUCAGGGGCCACAAGGGCGCAGGACUCUGA